AUGUCACCAAAUCUUGCAGGCUUCAAUUUUGUGGGUUUCUACCUGCGAGACAUAAAUAGUUCAGCUCUUGUUGACGUCACGUGGAAAGCCGAGUCUCAAAGUUGUGAAGCUAAAUCGCCACAUGUUUGGUUAAUGGACAACACAACCGACCGCGAGUCACUUAUCAAUCGGUCCCGGCAACAUCCUAACCCUGUGUUCAGCUGUAUUACAUUGCCUAUGCUGGGUCAGUUCAGCAGUUCCACAGAGAAUUUCAAUAGCAUCUAUGUAUUUCCCAAUGGUUUUCUCAUGCCAGAAAGGAACAACACAAUCAUGGUUCCUGACACAUACAGUCUGGUAACGGGAUUCAAUGUGAGGUAUUUAUCCAACUCAGGUGGAACCCUUGCUAUCUCUGUGACCUUCAAUAAGCCUCACAUGUUCCAUUCAGAGAACCAGACUGCAACUGUGUCAAUGUGCAUUGUUAAAGAUGGCUUCCCGGAUAUCAACAAUUUGGAAAAUUGUUCCAAUGGUGCUUUGCUCACUCUCAACUCAGUUCACAGACACCAGCACCGGCAGAAGAUUUACAUUCCUUACCCUGAAUUUGGGGACUACUAUGUGGCAUUCCGGAGUAGCUGUUUUUCUUUUAGUGGGAACAACACUAAAGAAGUAUGUGACUUACCGCCCUCUGUGAUGUUUAACAUUAUCCAAGCACGGUGUAAAGACGAAAAAUGCGGACGAUAUGGCCACUGUGCAGAAUAUAUCAGUGGACUGUUUGUGUUUAGCUCUUGCAGGUGUUUUGCAGGUUGGAGAGGUUAUGCUUGCACUGAUGAUACGAACGCCAACCCUGACAGUCUAGAACUUGUAGCAGUCUUGCUACUGACUAUUAGCAAUGGCUUCUUCAUCCCUGCUAUCAUUUUGGCUUUUUACCGACGCUUCUUCUUGGAGGGAACUGUCUACACCUUUACCAUGUUUUUUUCUGCAAUAUACCAUGCCUGUGAUGCUAGCAAUUUAUAUCAAUACUGCAUGAUGCGUUAUGAAGUUCUCAGCUUCAGUGACUUUCUCGGCAGCUAUAUGGCUGUGUGGGUGACACUUAUGGUCAUGACACGGCUUCCUGACAGACUGCGGACCAUUUUUGUUGUCAUGGGGGCUUUGUUUUUGGCCUUGGCUGUUGACUAUGACAAACAUGGACUACUUUUAAAUAUCAUUCCUUUGGUGCUUGGGGCUAUGAUGGUGUUUUUAUCUUGGGGUUACCAAUGUCGGACACGGCACCAGUGUUAUCCAACAUGGCGGCGCUACGUCUAUUGCUUAUUACCUGGAGUGCUGCUCGCUUUAGCCGGCUUGCUUCUAUUCACCUUCUUUGAAACAGAGACCAACUAUAAAUAUGUGCACAGUGUGUGGCAUAUUCUCAUUGCCAUGUCCAUAGUGUUCCUGCUUCCACGACGCCGCUGUCCACCUGAUGAAGACAAAGUGGUGUUGAACCAUGACACGAACAGUGCCAGUGAUGGCAGAGAUGGGCAGUCUUCGCAACAAAUGGAUUGCUCAUCCUCAUCAUCCCCUUCAUCUUCCUUCUGCUGCUGCUGUGUUCCAAUCUCUAUCUAUCCCAGUCUGUUUCUUAUCUAUCUAUCUAUCUAUCUAUCUAUCUAUCUAUCUAUCUAUCUAUCUAUCUAUCUAUCUAUCUGUCCGAAUCUGUUUAUAUAUCAUGUGUGUCUCAAUCUAUUUCUCUCUCCUCUCAUUCUCUGUCUCACUCAAGCUAUCUCUCUUUAUCUCUCUCUCUCUCACCAUGUUCAUAUCUAUCUGUCUAUCCCAACCUGUACAUAUGUGUCUCAGUCACUUCAUCACUCUCUCACUCUUUUUCUCUCUCUCUAUCUCAGCAUGGUUAUAUCUAUCUAUCUAUCUAUCUAUCUAUCUAUCUAUCUAUCUAUCUAUCUAUCUAAUCUCUUCAUAUUUCAGCCUGUUCAUGUGUAUCUCAGCCACUUCCUUUCUCUAAGUUUUUUUCUCACACACAGUCCCACUUUCUCUGUAUCAGCAUGUUCAUAUCUAUCUAUCUAUCUAUCUAUCUAUCUAUCUAUCCAAACCUGUUCAUAUAUGUCUUGGCCACUUCAUCUUUCUUCCCAUCUAUCUCCCUAUGUCAGCAUGUCCAUAUCUAUCUAUCUAUCUAUCUAUCUAUCUAUCUAUCUAUCUAUCUAUCUAUCUAUCUAUCUAUCAGUAAAACAAAAUAGUCUUCUGUUCAUUAUCUAUCUAUCUAUCUAUCCCAAUCUGCACUGA